AUGGGGAGCACAAAACGCCGGAGCGCCCACUCCUACUCCUUGCAAGGCCCGCUCCAGCGAUCGGAGCCCGGCGCCAGCAUCCAGCUGACCUACACGUCCUCCGGAUUCCCCUCACGUCAGGUUACUGUGACCUGGCUGAAGAAGAACCUGGCGCUCCCCGCGUGGCAGACCCACGUCCACGCCAGCGGAGACACGUACAACGUGACCAGCAGAGUGCUCGUCCCGCUGCAGGCCGACGACGUGCUCUCCUUUGUCCAGUGCCACGUCAAUCACAAGUCCACACCGGUGUUCCAGAAGACCAUCGGCCUGGACCAGUACCUCCGUGUUCCCCCUACAGUGACAGUGUCCCAGUCUUCACCCUCCUCGGACUUAGUGGCAAUUACCUGCCAUGUGCAGAGAUUCUAUCCACAGAGUGUGCAUCUCACCUGGAUAGAGAACUGUCAUAUCUUCAAGGGAGCCGAGGAACUCACAUCCAAACAGAAUAGCGAUGGAACCUACACCUUGGAAAGCUUGCAUUUGGUGAAUGUGUCAGGGCAGGUGUCUGAGCGGGUCCUCACCUGUAAGGUGCAGCAUGAGGCACAAUCUCCCAUCCAGGCCAACCUCAUACUGCCCACAGCAGCCCACGGCAUAUACAAGCCCAUUGGAAGCUCAGGUACAGGGAUGCCUGUCCUUAUCUUUGUGGCUUUCCUUCUGGGCUUCAAGGUGCUGCUGGUGAUGAGUUCCAUAGUCGCCUACAUCUGCAGGCAGCAGAACCUGUAACAGGCUGGAAUGUCAGAAAGAAGUGAUUGGACCCGAUGGCCCACAAGUAUAAAGCAUUUACUGCUCGGCCCUCUAAGAAAGAGUUUGCCAAUGCCCGAGAGAAUAUUUAAAGAACUCUAACAACAAAAUAGCAAGAAGACGGACAAUCACAUUUUUUAUGUGAAUGAAAGACUUGAUCAGAGUUCCACCGAAGAACAUAUAUUAGCAUCAAUGAGAGUUUUGCUGAUGUAAAAAAAAUUUUUUUUUUCUUAACUGCUCUGUCCUAAUUAGAACGGCCUUAUAAUA